AUGCACAUCAAAGACAGGCUCUUCGUCAUUUCUGGUGGCUCGUCUGGCCUAGGUCUUGCCACAGCUCGUAAUCUCCAUGAGAGAGGAGGUUAUAUCGCCAUCCUUGAUCUCAACGCCGACUCUGGAGCAGAAGCCAUCAAGGAGCUUGGUUCUGAAAAGUCUCAGUUCUUCGAAGCUGAUGUCAGUGAUACUGAGAGUAUCAGGAAAGCUGUAGCGGGGGUCUCAGAAUGGAUUCAGGAGACCGGAAAGCCCAUUGGUGGUAUCAUUAGCGCGGCUGGCGUAGGAAACCCUGGAAAGACANNGAUGAUUGAUCGUAACAACGAGCCGCUCUCCUUGUCGUCCAUUGAUUUUGUUCUGAACAUCAACCUUCGAGGCACUCUGGAUUUCGUACGCCAACUGCUCCCACUCAUGACUAAGAAUCAACCUACAGAGCCGGACAAGGAGCGAGGUUGUGUGAUCUUGGUCAGUUCUUCGGCCGCGUACGACGGACAACCAGGACAAGUUUCGUACGCUGCCAGCAAAGGAGCGGUAAGGUCGAUGACACUACCUAUGGCCCGCGAUCUUGCACAGUUCGGCAUUCGCGUGGUGACGAUCGCGCCUUCGUUGUUUGAGUCCAACAUGACAGCCAUGAUGAGCGACAAGGUUCGAAAGUCGCUUGAGCGUGUUAUGGAGUUCCCAAAGAGGGCGGGUAAAGGCGAAGAAUUCGCCGAGUUGACAAGACAUGCAAUUGAGAAUGUCAUGUUGAAUGGCGUCGCGCUACGGCUGGAUGGUGCUAUGCGGAUGCCGUCGAGAUUGUGA